GCGAAAUGGAUUCGCAAGGGCGAAAGGUGAUUGUCGUUGACAACGGAACAGGUUUCGUCAAAUGCGGGUAUGCAGGAACCAAUUUCCCAGCUCAUAUAUUCCCUUCAAUGGUCGGUCGGCCAAUCGUGAGAUCGACACAAAGAGUUGGAAAUAUUGAAAUUAAGGAUUUGAUGGUUGGCGAGGAGUGCUCUCAGCUUCGUCAAAUGCUUGAUAUCAAUUAUCCCAUGGACAACGGAAUUGUUAGAAACUGGGAUGAUAUGGCGCAUGUAUGGGAUCAUACUUUUGGACCGGAAAAGUUGGAUAUCGACCCGAAAGAGUGUAAACUGCUGCUGACAGAACCACCACUCAAUCCGAACAGCAAUCGUGAGAAAAUGUUUCAAGUUAUGUUUGAGCAGUAUGGAUUCAAUUCUAUCUAUGUGGCGGUUCAGGCUGUGCUCACUCUUUAUGCUCAAGGUCUUUUGACAGGAGUUGUAGUUGACUCCGGAGAUGGUGUUACCCACAUCUGUCCUGUUUACGAAGGAUUUGCUCUUCAUCAUUUGACAAGACGAUUGGAUAUUGCAGGAAGAGAUAUUACCAAGUAUCUUAUCAAGCUUCUUCUGCAACGUGGAUACAACUUCAAUCACUCUGCUGACUUUGAAACUGUUCGCCAAAUGAAGGAAAAGCUUUGUUACAUUGCAUAUGAUGUUGAGCAAGAAGAACGUUUGGCACUAGAGACUACAGUUCUUUCUCAACAAUACACUCUUCCUGAUGGUCGUGUGAUUCGUCUCGGAGGUGAACGAUUCGAAGCUCCAGAAAUUCUAUUCCAACCACAUCUGAUUAAUGUUGAAAAAGCUGGUCUCUCGGAACUUCUUUUCGGAUGUAUUCAAGCCAGUGAUAUAGAUACUCGCCUUGAUUUCUACAAGCAUAUCGUACUUUCCGGUGGAACCACUAUGUAUCCAGGAUUGCCCAGCCGUCUUGAGAAGGAACUGAAACAGCUGUAUUUGGAUCGCGUAUUGCAUGGAAAUACUGACGCGUUCCAGAAAUUCAAAAUCCGUAUAGAAGCCCCACCAAGCCGUAAGCACAUGGUUUUCCUUGGAGGAGCUGUUCUUGCAAAUCUGAUGAAGGAUCGUGAUCAAGAUUUUUGGGUUUCAAAGAAAGAAUAUGAAGAGGGUGGUAUUGCAAGAUGUAUGGCCAAACUUGGAAUCAAAGCUUAAAUAUUGUGACUUUAUUUUCGUGUUAACAUGUUUAAAAGUGCUUUAUGUUCAUUUAUCCCCGUUUCUCUGAAUUCUCUUAAAAUCCCCUACCUGUUAACUAAUUUAUUCUUUAUAGGCAUCCUAUUCUCCCCCACUCUCAUUCAAACGUUUAUCUUUCAAACCAACAACCACCUGAAUCCAUCAUUCUCUGUUGUAAAUACAUUUUCCACUUUGAAUUCAUUCACUUCUUCAACUUACUUUUGGUUUGAAAUUGAAUUGCGUCACCUCUUAUUCCUUCUUCCAUUUUUCCAUUAAAUGAAACCGAAAUCAUCCA